CCUGCUCUCCACAUUGAACUCCCCUCUUCAUCCUUCUAAAACCCCUAAUUUCCCUUCCUACCACUUCCUCAUCCUCUCCUACCCCACCCAUACCCAGUCCCCACCCAUUCCCUAGGCGAAGACUGAGCCAUGGAGAAGAGGCAGAAGACUUGGAGAAGAAAUGGGAUGAGGGCUUAGGGUGAGAAGAUAGUGGAAUUUUAACUGAUUUAGGAAGUAAAAAUGAGGUGACAGGUUUGGAGUGUCUGGAAAUUUGGGAAGAGGAGUGAAAAUUUUGGGGUUUUAGGGGAAGUUAAGGGGGAGGGGAAGGGAGAUGGGGAGGAAAGAGCUUGGUGGUGCUUCUUUUUGGGGAAAAUGCAAUUGGAGUUUAUAUUAGAGUUACGGAUUUUGGCGUUUUGGGCAUCCAGUUGGCUUAUUUUUGAUUCAUUAUAAUUAAUGAUUGGUAUGUUAUCCCUCUGAUCAAUCUGAAAUUAACUUUAUGAACUUUUUUGAUAGCCUUAUGUGAAUGAUUAUUUCAGUUGUAACCCAAAUUAAAGAAAGAAUGAUUAAAAAAUCUUGUAUCUGAAAAGUUGACUUUAUGCUUCCAUAUACAAAUUUUCAUUUGAUUUCUUUCUGCUAAAAAGCUUGCACUCCUUGUGAAAGCAGAUUUAACUUUAUGUUAGAUAAGUUUAGGUUAGAUCCUGCCAUUUUUGGAUAUUUCAGGGAACAUUUC